AUGCAGCUUUGGAGCCUGGAGGGGGCGGAAAAGGCCUUCGGCGACUUCGGCUGCAUCGACCGCCUCGACAGCCGCACCAACGAGCGCGGCCACACCAAGACGUUCGCGUGCUGGCUGUGGGCGUGGGACGCCGCGCACAUCCCGACGGAGAGGGCGCUCUGGGUGCUCAAGCGCGGCGCAGGCCGCGUCGACCAGAUCCUAGGCUUCUCCCCGCCGGAAUUCAACGUGCCCCCGCCGCCGAAUGUCCACCGCUACGACCUCCUCAUCCACGUAGAUAGGGUAGAGGACUGGACCCCGCUCUCGCCGCGAUCUUCGCACUCCGGCCAGAGCGGGCUUCCGUCAUCAGGAGAGGAAGACGACCACCCGUUGCCAUGGACCAUUCCGGGCACCUGGGUGGAGGGAGUCGAAGAUGGCCAGUCCAAGAACAGGCGCGGUGUCACCCGCGUUUCCUCCGGGGGCUGCAGCAGCUUCCCGAUCUUGGGAGACCGGCGUGACCACGACAAUGAAGGCCAUGGAAGUCAUGGAGGCCGCUCCUGGCGCGACACGCUCCUGGCCCGUGGCAGGACCGGCAAGAGCAAGAUGCCGGUCUCAGAGGCGCCACGGCACAGGAGCAGGACCCCUGCAUCACGUCAGCGACGCUCCAGCCGGGGCCGCUCGGUUGAGCGUGCAUCUCCACCGGCCCCUGACGCGUCUCUGCUCCGCGCGACCCCUCCGCUUUCGCUCCAGCCGCGCGCUCCGCCACCACCACCCGAAGAGGACCCAGUGGCGCAGUUCUUCUCCUUCUCGGACUCGGGACGCACGCUCGAGCCUCCCCCGCGCACCGACUGCAUGCAGCUCGAGUUCGAGAAUGCCAUGCUGGAGGCUCUGUCCAGCCCGCUCGACUUCAACUCCGACGACGCUACAUCUCCUCAGAUGUCUCCUCCGACGAUGCUGCCCACUGCUCUGCUCCCCAACGUCAUGCCCUGCGUCACACAGCCCACGACUGCUACGAUCGAGCUCCAGGCCAUGGAGGCGGUCACGGAGAGAGUAAACCACAUGAAGAUUCAGGCGGAUUCUGAGGCGCUGCAGCUCUUCAGCAACAUUCAGCCCCCAGUGCUCACCACCCCGAAGCAGAAGCGCACGUCGGCUCCUCCCAAAUCCAGGGCCGUUUCUGUUCCAUCCAGGCGCAGUGCAAGACAAGCAGCGGCCAGCUCCACUGUCCCGGUGUCUCAGAGAGCGGCGCUUCGUCUUGUCAAGGAGCUCGGCGAGCUUGGUCCAGGCGACAAGAUGACCCCGGAGAUUGCGGCAAGGCUGAUCAAGCGCUUCAACGAGCCGCUGACGGAUGCAGACAUUCAGACCAUUGCAAAGCUGACAAACCUCGACGUCAACGCUCUGAAGAUCGCAGCGGCAGCUCAUGGCCCUGAUGGUGCAGCCAAGGCGGCUGAGUAG